AUGCCCAAAACUACUGGGAUGCUCACAAAACUUCUUUUCGUUGGAUUAUUGACCGGUGCCGCUGCAUUCUACCUUCCCGGACUGGCUCCAGUCAAUUUCUGCGAAGUGGAAAAAGCAAAUUGUCCGAGCAAUGUCUCCCUGUACGUCAAUCACCUCGACAGCGAUCGAUCGGUCAUCCCAUACGAAUAUCACAGUUUCGACUUCUGCACAGUGAACGAAGAUGAGUCACCAGUUGAAAACCUCGGACAAGUUCUCUUCGGUGAACGCAUUCGACCAAGUCCAUACAAGGUCAAAUUCUUGCAAGAGGAAAAGUGUCGUCUGGUUUGUGACACCAAGAAGUAUGCACGAGGAAGCGCCGAUGAUCUUGCCAAGCUCCGUCUCCUUCAAAGAGCCAUGACUCUCAACUACCAGCACCAUUGGAUUGUGGACAACAUGCCGGUGACAUUCUGCUUUAAGAAUCUUCAGAACAUGGAUGUGUGCACCACCGGAUUCCCAGUUGGAUGUUUUGUAGAUGAUCAAGGAUACCAACACGACGCUUGUGUUCUUAAUCAAAAAUACAACACCCCGAACAACUUCUACAUUUUCAAUCAUGUCGACAUCGAGAUCUACUACAGAGAUAUGAGCAACGAUGCCAACUUUUUGGAGCACAGAGUCGGAGGCCGCAUUAUCCGAAUUGACGUCAAGCCACGCUCUAUUAAGCACAGCUCCUCGUCGAGCCUCGACUGCAGCGAGUCCGCGGAGCCAAUCGCCAUUGAUGCCAAGUCCGAAAGUGCUGAAAUUACCUAUUCGUAUAGUAUCAAGUGGACUAAGACUGAUAUCAAAUGGUCUUCAAGAUGGGAUUACAUUCUUCAAUCCAUGCCACACACCAACAUCCAAUGGUUCUCUAUCAUGAAUUCUUUGGUCAUUGUGCUUUUCUUGACUGGAAUGGUUGGAAUGAUCAUUAUGAGAACCCUUCAUCGUGAUAUCGACCGUUACAAUAGACUGGAUACGGAAGAAGAUGCCCAAGAGGAGUUUGGUUGGAAGUUGGUCCAUGGUGAUGUUUUCCGCACACCACGUUACCCAAUGCUCUUGUCGGUGUUUAUUGGAGCUGGUUGUCAGACAUUGCUCAUGGUUUCAGUGACGUUGGUCUUCGCCUGCCUUGGAUUCCUCUCGCCAGCCAACCGUGGAUCCCUUAUCACUUUUGCUCUCUUCUUCUACGUUCUUUUUGGAAUAGUCGCCGGAUACAUCUCAGCUCGUCUUUACAAAACGUUCGAAGGAAUUCACUGGAAGACCAACUUGGUGAUGACAGCUUUCCUGGUUCCUGGAAUCCUGUUCACCGUGUUCUUCUUCUCUAACACACUCCUCUGGACCAAGGGAUCGUCGGCUGCAGUACCAUUUGGAACUCUUCUUGUCCUUCUCGUCCUUUGGAUCUUUAUCUCUGUCCCAAUGACAUUCAUCGGAGCAUACUUUGGAUUCAAGAAGCGCGGAAUUGAGGCUCCAGUUAGAACUAACAAGAUUCCAAGACAGGUUCCAGAGCAGACUUUCUACACGAAACCGCUUCCAGGAAUGUUAAUGGGUGGAAUUCUUCCAUUCGGAUGUAUCUUCAUCCAGCUCUUCUUCAUCUUGAAUAGUAUUUGGGCUCACCAGACCUACUACAUGUUUGGAUUCUUGUUCCUUGUGUAUUUGAUCCUCAUCAUCACAUGCUCGGAAGCAACUAUCCUCUUGGCUUACUUCCAUUUGUGUGCGGAAGACUAUCACUGGUGGUGGAGGUCGUUUAUGACGAGUGGUUUCACUGCGAUCUACUUGUUCAUUUAUUGCAUUCACUUCUUUAAUACGAAGUUGACUAUUAGUGGAACGAUCUCAACAAUCCUCUACUUCUCCUACACUUCAAUUUUCGUCUUCAUGUUCUUCUUGAUGACUGGAACUAUCGGCUUCCUCGCCACCUACUACUUUGUGCGAAAAAUCUAUGGAUCCGUCAAGGUUGACUAA